AUGUACCCGCCAGAGGGGGCGCCACGCCGGAGCCGUGCCUCUGGAUGGCGACAGAGACGGCUGGGCGCUCCCGCAGCCUGGGCACCGCGCGGGGAGACCGGGCCCGGGCAGCCGGAAGUUUGCAGACUUGCGCCGCUUGGCCCGCAGGCCCUUGGCGUCCCCAUCCUUCCAGGCCCAGCCUCCCACCCUGGGACUCCAGAUGGCGCCUGGGGUGGGGGCACCGGAGUUUAUCCAGUUAAUUAUCACCUGCAAAGCUGGUUCGUUCCUCCGAACAAGCUGAGGACAGAGAACGUGCACAUUUUGAGGUUUCAUCUGUUGCCUUUUCCUUUUGAUAUUUUCGUCGCAGGACUCCAUCCAGAGUCCCACGUGACCAAGUCACCAUGUCUCCUGAGGCUCCUCUGGGCUGUGACCGUUUCUCAGACUUUCCUUGUUUUCGAUGACCUUGAUAGGAUUCAACUGGGCUUGGGGAGGAAGACCACGGAGGGAAAGUGCCCCUCAUCACAUCACGUCAGGGCCCCUGCUGGCACCGUGACUGGUCACUGGGAUGCCAACCUUGAUCACCUGGCCGAGAUUGGUCCAGCGGUGGCCCUGGGGGCUCUUCCAGCGUUCCCUGCAUCCCUUUGUCACACCCUCAUGGGUGUAGAUGUUUCUUCUUUAGCACUUUCAUGAAGUAUUUAAAGUGAUGUUUCAUCCAUCUAUCCACCUGUCUGCACAGCAGAGCAGUGGAUGGGGACCUGGGGGGGCUGGGUGCCUGGAGUCAGGGCAGCCCCAGGAAAGUUGCAGCUGGCUGAUGGCUUAGACAGGAUGGGCGGCCUUAUUAUAGAUGAAAUUAGAUUUUCUGCUGGCUCUCCUCCAGCUUUAUGAGAUAUAAUUGUCAUAUAACGUUGUGUAAGCUUAAUGUGUGCAACAUCGUGAUUUUAUGUGUGUGUGUGUUGCAAACUGAUUAUCAUAAUAACAUUAGAGGUGCCUCAAAAAAUUAGAUAGGCCUGCCCUCCGACCUAGCAGUCCCACCUCUGGGCGUGUGUUGAAAGAGACUGAAAUCAGAAGUGGAAAGAGACGCCUGCACCCCAUGUUCACUGCAGCAGCAUUUUCUACAGCCAAGACAUGGAAGCAACCCAGCUGCCCAGCGACGGAUGAGUGGAUGGAGGAAACGUGGUCUGUAUAUACAAUGGAAAGUCAUUCAGCCUCGAGGAAGAAGAAAAUCAUGCCAUUGCGACGCCAUGGAUGGACACCGAGGGCAUUUUGCUAAAGGAAAUAAGCCAGACAAAGAAAUGCCGUGUGAUGUCACUUACAUGUGGGGUCUGAAAAAGCCAGUCAUAGAUACAGAGAACAUGAUGAGAUGAGACCCCCGGGUGCAGGCCCAGGUUGGGGUGGCUGCUCUGGCCCAUCACUGGGGGGGGCGGACGGGGGGGUCCUCAGGUGAGUGUCUGCAGGGCCUGCUUUCCAGGUGCUUCUAUCUGGACAGUGACUGGGGUGAUCUCUCUUCUCUAUCACAGUUUUUUAUGUGACGGUUGGGGGAGGACAGUAUUACAGGUUUCACCCUGAUUUUUAGAGCCCUGGGGGUUCAGGGAAGGGCCAUGGCCUCCACAGAAGAGGGAAGAAGGGGUGGAUUUGAGGGGCUGAGGGUCCCCCCCUCUCGUCGAGGAGGCAACUUCUGUUUCCUCUGAGCGCUGAGCUUUCCCGACACUUCACCGGGAAGAACUCCAAGGCAACAGCCCCGACUGCCUCCGGAGGCUUCGGUCACUCUGCAGUGGGCCCCAGACCCCUUGCUGCUCAGCCUUUGUCCCUCAACUUCCGUCAGCACCAUCCCGAUUGGAUUCUCCUGUAGGGGAACCGCCCCCCUUCUUUGCCGGUGUGUUCUGAGGGGAGCUGGUCCCUCUCCUAACCCCACAGUUGGCAGGACUCCCACCUGGAGCCAGGGAUCGGUUCCACGAUGAGCCAGUCAGUGCUGGAGCUUUUGCAGAAAUUACUGGAAAGGAGCACUGUUUGUUCCCUGGCGCCUCACACGUGUGGGACACCUGCCCGGGGCUGUCGAGAGGCACCUCAUGGAGAGGUCCGGCCUAAGGACCGAGUCCCCAUGAGCCUCCGGCGGGGACAUGGAGGGGCUGCAGAGAGUGUGGGUCAGCCCUUGGUCUCUAAGCCGGGCGUCCUCCUGAGGGAGCACUUUUGUUUUCCUUGCAACUGUGAAAAUAUGUUUCCCUUUAGGGAGAAGUGGGCUUGAGUGAGGUCCAUGAGGCCCAAUGAAAGGUUCUCACCUGACAAAGAUGGAGCCCAGGAUUAGCUCCGAGACAUAGAGGCGACAGGCAUAGAGAAGCAACCACUCAGCCCUUGCUGGCCAGUCCUGUCCUCACAUCCUCGCUGAGGACCUCCCUCACUCCUGCUGGCCCUGCGGCCCCAGGGUGCUGACAUCCCCGUCACAUGUCCUGGCUUGCACACAGACCAGGGUCCUCCCGCCAGGACCAGUGACCAGUCCUGGAGCUGGGCCACGGCCUCCCAGGCCACUAUCAGGGGGAGAGCCGCCCGGGCCCCACACCAUGAAGUCCCGUCCGCCUGGCCCUGCCUGGGACGUGUCCUCGGAGCCUGUUUCACUUCUUGGACUUGGAGACCCAGAGAUUUAUGGGCCAGAGCCUUUUCCAGGGGAGCUGUCUUUUGAAUUAUCGUGUAAUUAAGAUGCUAAUGGCUGUUUAUAGAACCUCUCCUCCCAGUCCAGCUACUUUCUGAAUAAUAAGGAUGUCCCCUUUGUUAUGGUGGAAAAUAGCAUUGAGAGCAAAAUCCUUCAUUAAAUCACUGUUUGCAUUUUUUUUUCAUACACUAAAAAGGAAUUUAGUAAUGCUCA